UAUAUACCCCCAUCUCUGCAACAAAGUCUCCAACUCCAACAAGGCAAGGAGGAAGAGCUGAGGCAUACUCCGAACCCAGCCAGAGAGCUAGCUCAGUGAGCAGUACACAGUACACUCCCCGGGUUAUCUCUCCCAGCACGCCAGCUAGCUUUUGCUUGCAAUGGCGGACUGCAUGCAGGAGUGGCCGGAGCCCGUGGUCCGCGUGCAGGCGCUCGCCGAUAGCGGCCUGGAGGCCAUCCCGCGCUGCUACGUCAAACCACCGUGCGACCGCCCCGCCCCCGAGGCGGACGACGCGUCCUCCGGCGCCAGCAUUCCGGUGGUCGACCUCGGCAACGGCGGCGACGACGAGGGCGGCCAGCUCGCGGAGGCCGUGGCGGCGGCGUGCCGGGGCUGGGGCUUCUUCCAGGUGGUAAACCACGGGGUGCGGCCGGAGCUGAUGCGCGCGGCGCGGGAGGCGUGGCACGGCUUCUUCCGCCUGCCGCUCCAGGAGAAGCAGAAGUACGCCAACUCGCCGCGGACGUACGAGGGGUACGGCAGCCGGCUUGGCGUCGAGAAGGGCGCCAUCCUCGACUGGGGAGACUACUACUUCCUCGUCCUCUCGCCGGACGCCGCCAAGAGCCCGGCCAAAUACUGGCCGGCCAAUCCCGGCAUCUGCAAGGAGGUGUCCGAGGAGUACGGGAGAGAGGUGAUCAAGCUGUGCGAGCGGCUGAUGAGGUUGCUGUCAGCGAGCCUGGGGCUGGACGAGACGCGGUUCCAGGAGGCGUUCGGUGGGGCGGACUGCGGCGCGGGCCUGCGCGCCAACUACUACCCGCGGUGCCCGCAGCCGGACCUCACGCUGGGCCUCUCCGCCCACUCCGAUCCCGGCAUCCUCACCGUCCUCCUCGCCGACGACCACGUUCGCGGCCUCCAGGUACGCCGCCGUGACGGCCACUGGGUCACCGUGCAGCCCCUCCCCGACGCCUUCAUCGUCAACGUCGGCGACCAGAUUGAGAUCUUGAGCAACUCGAUGUACAAGAGCGUGGAGCACCGCGUGAUCGUGAACGCCGAGGAGGAGCGCAUCUCGCUCGCACUCUUCUACAACCCGAGAGGCGACGUCCCGGUGGCGCCGGCGCCGGAGCUGGUGACGCCGGAGCGGCCGUCGCUCUACUACCGUCCGAUGACCUUCGACGAGUACAGGGUGUACGUCAGGAAGAAUGGCCCCAAGGGCAAGGCACAGCUUGAGGCUCUCAAGGGCCAGUCAAUCACCCAAAACAACGAAUAAUAAAUAAUUAGUAAUUAAUUAACUAAUUAAGCUACACCGAUCGAUCCAACAGCGACGGCAUGCUAAUCCAUGGAUCGAACUAGCAAGCUAGCUAGCUAGCAGUCAGCAUUAAUUAUCCCAUGUAUGAUCUGAAUCGGAAUAACACAUGCAUGAGUGUGUGUACAUGGCCUACUUAAUUUACGCAACAUAUAUAGUUAUAGGCCUUAAUUAUAAUAAGCACAUAUAUAUUGCACGCAUGCGUGCUCACUAUCUGAAGUAUAUAUGCAUUAUAUGUAAUUCAGGGACGCGAUGCUAAUUAGUAAUUAAGUGCAUGUAAUCUUCUACCAUAUAUAUUCAAGCAAGAAAUUUAGUUUGAUGUUUACGUAUAUUUACCAAUGGAUGGAUGGAGAACUAAACUACUGCUCCCUCCGUCCCAUAAAAAUUGCUUUUCUAGCUCUAAGGCUUUAUCCCACAAAAAUUGUAUUUCUAGCCAUGUGGGGUCCAACCAAUUGAUUCAUCUAUAUAAGUUUCCUUCCAUCCCACAUAA